AUGGAAUUCUCAGUCCCAUAUUGUAAAACUAAUACUAGAUGGUCCCCAUCAAGUUGCAAAUCUGACCAAACUCAACGGCCUAAUGACACUGUCGCUACUACGGCCCGUCCAGGCGCCGCGCGUUCUUUCGUACCUGGACAGUCUGGCCGAGUCGACGGCAGGUCAUCUGGGGCGAGUAUGGGUGGAGAAAAAGUACAGACUGAACAUGGAGUCACAGCGCGAGUGAGUUCUGGGGCAGGGUCUGCACUGGCUAGUUCAGCGGUUACGGGUGCUAAAGCGGGGCUACCAGGCGCAUCAAAACCAGCUGAUGUCGAAAUAGACGACUUUAUUUUGUCCGGUAUUAUGGAUUUGGGGGGCAGUCGAGGCGAUGGCAGAGGUAACGAAGCCAACGAGAUGGGUGCUGGUGCCUCAGGAGCGGGCCGAUAUGGCCACCAGAGUACAGGGCAAACCGAGGAACGUGAUCAACUGGUAGAGAACAUGAGAAGAAGCAGCAAGAAGUUCGGCUCUCUGGCUGGUGGAACUGAGAUCGAGGUGAAGCGGAGUCGCAUUUUCGUGGCUCAAUAUCGCCAUUAUUCUUGA